GUAAAAGGCAAAGUAGUCUGGAAGCCUGACCACUGAGCUGACUGGUUUCUGUAAGGAAGCUGGGUGAAUGAUGAUUUGAGACUCUAGCUAAGCGGGGUAUGGGUGGGAUUAAUUCACAGAAGUUUAGGGCUGGAAGGGACCUCAUGAGAUCUUUGGGUCCAGCUCCCCCCAUGAUCCGAGUUAUCAUCUCAUUAGUAACACUUCUGCAAGGUUUGAGGGUGGGUAAGAAGAUGUAUGUAGAAGUCCUGCUUUGUCCAGGUGAAAGGGGGGAUAGGAUUGCUUGGGGAAGUUGUGGGCUCAAGAAUACAAGUGUCUUUAAACUUACAUAUUAAAAAAUCCCUUAUUUACGGAGUAUUUAUUGACACUUGUAACUCCUAAGUUAAAGCCCUUUGGAAGGUAUCAAUGUGACUGGAUCCUUCAAGGAUUAGAAGGAAAUGACCAUACUGACUUCCAGUAUAAUGUAUGGUGAUAGAGCAACUGAGUUUUAAGACCUACUGGGUGAUGCUUCUGCUGUUCUUCAUAAUUCAGCUGUUCUGAGGUUGAGGGGCUGUGUUUGGCUAAAGGCAGAUUCAAACUGAAAACAUGAUGAAGGCAGUCAAACAAAUGGUUUUGGUGUUGGCUAUGACCUUUUAGAGCAAAUAAGCCAUCAAGAAUAGUGCUUUAUCUGUCAGGUUGUAGGAACAGUGAUGUAGGCCUUUGCUCGGAAGAGAAGAUAUUGUUCUUAAAAGUGUGCUUACUUUAACCCUUUCCUUGCUGGCUACUAAAGUCCAGUGAAGAAUUCCCUGGAGUACAUUGGCAAGAGAUGCACUAUUUGACAUAUAGACCACACAAUAGUUAAGUCCAAUCUUUAAAUUGGUGUGAAGGUUAUACUUUGAGAUCUUAAUUUGACAGAAAUCCUUGGGACCCAAGCAUGUCCCUGCCUGUCUUAUUAAUAUAUGUUUACAUUUAUAGCUGAAGACUCAGUCUGUUUACCACUGCCAGCAGCCUCAGUCAUUUUUAAGCCAAGAGUCCCACCAAGCAGUCCUCUCCCAAGGCAUUUGUACCCAUCUAGAUACUCCCAUUUUUACCAGUAUCUCCCUUGAUAUUCAUCAGGGUUUUUCCAGCACUCCAGUUACCUCUUGUCAGAUGUGGCACUUACUUCAGCAUGGCUUUUGCUAUCAAUGUAGCUGCCAGAGCAUUGGCUAGGUUGGAGCAUACCCAAUGUUGGUGUCAUGUUGAUGUGGCUGCUCAUGUCUGAGGAAAAGUGUCAAGGAAAGAAAAGCUCAGAAGUGAACUGGUGCUUAUUGAGUCUGUCUGGUUUACUUGUAAGGGGCUGAAAAUUGAUACUGCUGCAUGAUCUUUCCCAGGUGCCAGUCUGGCAUUGCAAAGAUAUCUGCAAGAACUAGUGAUGAGAGAACAGUGAAAGGUUUGGCAUUUGGAGAAGCAUCUUAUAUCAUUGGAGACAGCACAACUUCCCUGUACAACAGAACCAUUCUGCCCUUAGCUAUUUUCCUGAAGGGUUCCUCUUGUGUGGCCUCUGACAAAUGGCCUGUAGUACAAACUUCUACAGCCCACUGGAGAGCGUGUUAUCAAGUGCUGCAGCCUGACCUCCACUUAGCUUGCUUUUCUAGCUGCUAUAGAGGACCACGUUUGUGAUGGAGGCUUUGCUGGAGGGAAUGCAAAAGCAAGGACGUGGCAGCAGAGGAUUCUUGACAUCCUGCGAGGCUGAGCUGCAUGAGCUGAUGAAGCAGAUUGACAUCAUGGUGGCUCGCAAGAAAUCUGAGUGGGAAGGACAGGCUCAGGCCCUAGAGGCUUGCUUGGAGGUCCGAGAUCAGGAGCUUUCUUCCACUAGAGCAUUGUUGAAUGAAAAGCACAAAGAGGUUGGGAUGUUGUGCCAGCAGUUGGAAGGCAUGGAGAAGGCUAAGCAGGACAUGGCUGUUGAGUAUGAACAACAGUUGAAGACAUUUCAAGAGGAGCUAGCCAGACUGAAAAGAAGCUAUGAAAAGCUGCAGAAGAAACAGCUGAAAGAAGCAAGGGAGAAUGCCAAGAGCCAAGGGCAUGCGCAGGACCAAUCUGAAGUGACCAGACUGACCAAGAAGAUAGAGGAGUUCCGUCAGAAGUCGCUAGAUUGGGAGAAACAGCGUUUGCUUUACCAACAGCAGGUUGCAUCACUAGAGGCGCAGAGGAAGGCUUUGGCUGAGCAGUCCGAGCUCAUUCAGCAGACUCAGCUCAGCAACCGGAAGCAGCUGCUGGAAUCUGUGGAGCUGGCCAGCCAGUCAGAAAUCCAGCAUUUAACCAGCCAGCUGCAGAGGGCCAAUGACACCAUCUGUGCCAAUGAGCUGGAGGUGGAGAGGCUUAACAUGAGAGUGGAUGAUCUGACUGAAACCAAUCAGAAGAUUCUGGAGGAGGAGCAAAGAGUCGAGGAGGAGCUGAGACGCUCCAAGAAAAUGCUGGAGGUAUUAAAAGAGGAGAAGACAGAGUUGAGAGCCACCCUGCAGUCCCAGGAAGACUUCAUUAGCAGCUCCAAAAUGCAUGAGGAGCAGUUACAGAAGGAACUGGCCAGGGUGACUGAGACUUUGCAUACCAAGGAGCAACUUGUCAGGUCCCUGGAAGACUGCCUGCAUGGGAAGCGGCUGUCUCCUCAGGGAGCAGAACUGGAGCGUGUUCUGCUGCGGUUGGACCUUGCACACAAGAAUGAAGAGCACCUGCAGUCAGAGAUGGCUCGCCUUGAGAGCUGCCUAGGAUCUGCAAAUGAAAGAUGUAUACAACUGAGUGAAGAGUUGACAAAGAGGCUCAAAGAGCUGCGGCAGAUGGAAGAACAGCACUGUCAGUCAAAGGCUGAGAUGAAAAAGCUGAAGGAGCAACUGUCUCGCAUUGAACAAACUCACAACAGUGAGCUAGAAGGGAUGAAAAAGGAGAUCUCCCAACUGACGCAGGAGCUGCACCAGCGUGACAUUGUCAUUGCCUCUGCCAGUGGAUCAACCUCUGACAUGGAGCAGCAGCUGAGGAUGGAGAUUGAAAGAGCAGAAAGGAAAGCAGUGGAGCACAGGGUGAUUUUGGUUCAGCUAGAAACCUUGAGGCUAGAAAACCAUCACCUCUCUGAGAUGCUCAAGAAAGUGGAGUCUGGUGUCUCAGAGGCAAAAGAUAACCCCUUAAGACACCUCCAAGAAAGCUAUGCCAAAGCACUGAAUACAUUAGAGUCUGAGAACCAGCAACUGCAGAGAGACCUUGCAGAAGCUAGAGCUAAGCUGGAGCUUUCCACUCAGGACUCUGAGGACAAGGAUAAGAACGUUGUACAGCAGAUGUCAAAUAAAAGGAUUGAGAUCAAGGAUGUGGAGUGCAGGGGACCUCAGGAGCCGCAGCAUAAAUAUAAGGAAGAAUCAAGAAAAUUGCAGGCCAACUUUGACGAGAGUUCUCAGCACCACAAAGACGAGCUACAGGGUCUGAAAGCCCAGCAUUUGUCAGCUGCAACUGGGACUGCUUCUGCUUCAGCAGGUGGACAAUCCCCCCCGAUUAGCAGGAAUAGCUCCCUGGAAUCUGUGUCUUCUGAUUCUUUGCCAGAUGUAAACAAAGAUUUUACUGAUGAAGCAUCCAGAGAAUCAGUCUCAAGUCGACAGAGAGAAUCUGUGCUUUUGUGCCCCCUGCCUUCAUCUCCUGUUGGCUCAAUAGCUGCAAGAUUUCUGGAAGAGGAAGAACUGAGAUCUCAACAUAUCUUGGAUCGCUUAGAUGCUCACAUUGAGGAACUGAAAAAAGAGAGUGAAAGGACAGUGAAACAGUUUGCACACCAGGAAUAACAUUUCUUCAAGGUCUGUGGACUUGAACACUGGUUUAAUUAAAUGACAUCAGUCUGUGAAAGAGAAGGUACCUAUGAAACUAUUAGCCCUUGGAGCUGGAGGGACAGACAUCCCUCCUUCUCCAGGCUGAAUCACAAGUUGUGGAAGCUAAGAAAAUUAUAUUUCUCUGUGGAGCAAAUCUCUCUCACUGGGAAAAUAUUGUGCUAUUGAAACUGCAUCUCUGGUCUGUAAAGCUGUGUCAGUGGACCUUGUCUCAAGUGACUGUAGGCUUCUGCAGCAGAGAUAACUGUGUUUGUGUGCGUGUGCGCGCGCAUGUGUGUGCACGCAUGCAUGACCACAUUCACUAUCAUAGAGAUUUUGAUGGCUGACAGGACUGAACUGUGUAAACUAAUUUAAAAUUAUUUUUAUAUAUGGAAAAAGAACCUCGAAUAAAAUAAAGUAAUAUGGGAAAUACUGUGUCCCCUACUUUUCC